AGUUGGCUCCUGGAAACUUUUAAUGGCGUCGAAAAACGAAAAGCAAAGGUCUAGAAAGAAACCAAGGUCCCUUUGGACUAGGACAAAAGACUUCUUUUUAUGCAGAAAUACCAAAAGUGACGGUUUGUAUUGUUUUUUCUUUAUUUUUAAUAAAUAUUCUUCCAUAUUCCAUCUUGUAUAAGUUUAAUAUAUCACGUUUCCAUAGUAAUUUUAACUAGUAAAGUAAUAAAAUUAUAUAUUGCAUCGUCUUUGCUUAAGAUUAUAAACUUUCCUUCUUAAGGUCGUCUUUUAGCUUCUUACGUUAAAAUAUAUGCAUUUUGCAAAUGAAAAGAGAAAGAGAAAUAGAGCGAGAGAGAGAGAAAGAGAGAGAGAGAGAGAAUCUAACAUAGAUAAAAAAAUAGAAAACGAGGCGCCUGAAAAUAUUAAAUAACUUUUUUGUUUCGUCUAGUCAAAGUUUUGAAUAGACUGUUGUUUUUUAUUUUAAUUUUAUAAUAUUCAAGUUAACAAGCUGACGCUUUGCAAAUCAGAGAAAAAGUAUAUAUUGUACUAUAUACAAUACAUUGUAUAUAUAGUAUAUAUAAUGUGUAUUAUAUAUUUUUGAUGUUGAUUUUCAAAACUGCCCAAAGGCUAGUUCAAUGAUAUAAUAGAUACGAAACAUAUAAGAGUUUUUUCAAUGAUGGGCGGUAAUAGUCAAGUUUGCUUUUUAUCAAACAGCACCAGAAUGGAAAGACGUCCAACACGAAAUGAGAAGAGUCCCAUAUGCAUCGGUUGUCGCCUUUGCAAUGUGCGUAUCGGGAGCCGUUAUCUGUUGCGUUUGUCUGUAUGCGGCCUUUUCAUACAUCGUUAUGAAAUUUGAAGUUGAUAUGGUAAAAAAGAUUGUCUGGUUGGUUAUGUUUAUGCAUAUUGGGGCUGCUGGUUGGUUUUUGUUCCUAGCUAUCUUAUUUACGGGUCAUACAAGGAAGGAGGCUUGUGCUCGGUGUGGGGAUAGUAUGGGAUUCUUUGCCAAAUGCCAGCAUGUAUUAGCUAUUUUAAGCGCGUAUGGCUUACAUUUGUUAUGGCUAAUCUUACCAGCAAUUUUACUGAUACCUGUUGUGAUAGUUACUGUAUUUGUAGUUGUCUGUGGGAUGAUCCCUGAUUGUUUUAAUUUGUCCGAUUACGGUAUUAAACCCGAGCACAUGGAAAAGUUCAACCCAGCGUCUGUAAUAGGAGCAAUUAAAUCAUUCGAUCCAGCUCAUGUUGAGACUGCAGUUAAAGAGGCAUCCAAAGCUGUUGAAAAGACCCUAACUGAGGUUGAAAAGAGCGGAGUAUUAGAUAAAUUAAUCACCCAGUUUGAGGGGAUGCUUCCUAGCGAAGAAGAACUCGAUAAAUUGGUAGAUGACGUACAAGAUGCUAUAGAUACCGAGCAGUGGCAGGCCAUGGUAUCGGAAGUAGGUGAUAAGUUUGUUGGAAUGGCAAAUUCUACAUUGAAACAAUGGGAUGAAAGUCGGAAUCCUUUAGGAAACCGGCGGAGGAGGGACUUUGACAGCUAUAGAGAAGAGACACUGCAGGAAUAUAAGGAUUCUUUAACUGACAAUUACAGAGAUAUGCUUAGUAGAGGAGAGGCAAAAGUUAUUGAACUUUCAGAUAAUACAUUUAAGCUCGUAAGAACUAGCGAUGGUGAAAUUUUACAUAUGAGUGAUCAUUAUUUGAAAACAGCAGAGGAUUUUGCAAACGAGAAAGCAGAAAAGAUAAAAUAUUACAGAGAUACACUAUCAGAAGAAAUAAAAGAGCUAAUUAAAGAUGGAGCUGCAAUAAUCUAUCCAACCGAAGGAGGAACUAUAAAAGUCUUAAAUACAAAAACCAAUGAAAUAAUUGAUGAAAGUGAAAAGCUCUUUCAAACUGUUGAAGAAUUUCAGGAAGAGCAAUUAAGAGAAUAUAGGCGACUUUUACCCGAAAAUUUAAAAAAGUUUGUUUUAGAUGGAAAAGCAAAAAUAGUCUCUUUGGCUGAUGGUUCUCUCCAAGUUGUUAAUACCGAGAGCCAGGAGAUUUUACAUAAAAGUAAGUCUUUUUUAAAAACUGCUGAAGAGUUUGCAAAAGAGAAGGCUGAAGAACUGAAAGACUUUAGGAACUCCUUAUCUAAAGAUCUAAAAGACUUAUUGGCAGAUGGCAAGGCUGAAAUAGAGACCAUGAAAGAUGGGUCUCUAAAGUUAAUUCAUAAAACUACAAAAGAAAUUCUAAAAAAAAGCCAACACAUUCUUAAAACUGCAUUGCAGUUUGCUGAAGAAGCUAAAGAAAAUAUUGAGAAAGAAGUGAAAAAUUCAGUUGAAAAAAUGAAGGAAUAUCAAGAUGCAGUAAGAAAAGCUUUAGAAGAUGCUCCAAAGAAUAUACAGGAGAUGAUAAAGAGGGGAGAAGCUCAAAUCGUUCCUCUAAAGAAUGCUACCUUGGCAAUUAUAAAAAAAGGUUCUAAAGAAGUUCUUUAUCAAACCAAGAAAUUAUUAAAAACGGCUGAGGAAUUUGCAAAGGAUAAAGUUGAACAGGUAAAGAAAAUUGCUGAAGAUAUGAGAGAUAAAGCCAAAGAAACAGCAGAAUUAGCAAAGAAAAAAGCCGAAGAAGCUUGGAAAAAAGCUAAAGAGGCUGCUAACGCAUUAAGGAUGGAGGUGGAUGAGAAGGCAAAGGAAUUAGCGAAGACAGCUGAAAAAGAGGCCAGAAUAGCAGCCCAAAAAGCAACUGAAUUUGCUGAUACAGCAUUUAAAAAAGCUGCAGAAUUAGCUGGAAAAGCUGAUGAAAUAAUUGAACGCGCAAUGAGAGAGGGCGUAAAAUGGGCUAGACAGGCCUUAAAGGAUAGUAGAAAAUUAGCAACAAGCUUUCUAAGAGGCGCAAGAAACGCUGCAAGGGAAGUUGGCAGAAACGCUAAACAAGUAGCAAACGUUGUUGCUAGAGCCAAAGAUGAGAUUGUAAACGUUUACGAAACAUUCCUUAUGUUAGCUCAACAUUUUGGUAUUAGACAAGACGGAAAUAACACUAACACAUAUUGUUCAGAUGCUAAAGUGUUCUUUUGUGCCAAAUUGAAAAGUGCUCAAGUCAACUUAAUAGCUGCUUUUAUAGCAUCUGUACUAAUUAAUUUAAGUAUGGUGCACUUCCUUAUGUGUAUGGGAGCUAAUUGGGUCCGAAUAAAGCGAGAAAAAGAAGAGAAGACACCCGAAUUUGUUGAAGAUUUACCAGAGAAAAUGAAAUUGAACGAUUUUCAAUUAUCUCGAACCGGUUCAUUUGUACAUGUGUACAAUAAUUCAUCCCAUGCUUGA